AUGGUACCUCCACUAGGGUUAGAUACAAGGUUUUUAUCAGAGGUUCUUCCUUGCGUUUUAUACCUCGACCCUCGGGAAAUUCGAGCAGAGUCAGAGACUGUGUUAAUACGUAGAGUAGAUCAGCAUAAGGGCUUUCGGUACCGAAGAAUUCCCUGCAGAGAUGCUGCUGAUGAGAAACAUGCAGACAGGAUAGAGAAGUCUUUAUGCGAAUACUUAAACGACUAUCUUCCGUUGUUAGGCGCGUUCAUGGCUGAUGUCAUGCAAGAAGGCCGGGGAAAAAAAAGAAAAGCAAGAAAAUCGCAUCGUUUCGCAACGAUUUUUCAAGUGUUUUCAACAACCAACGCGCCCCGCUCGACAACGGAAUACAAUCUGCGCUCGUUAGCUUUUAGUUGUGUUUUCCCUUAGUAAGGUGUGUGACUCCUUUCUUUCAAUUCGACGUCGAGACGAGAAACGACAAAGUUUGCAGCACACCAUCUGAGAGAAUGAGAUCGAAUCGAUUGAACAAUGGGGCAUUGUUAAAGUUAUACAUGCUGCUAGCUAAAUGUUUCUACGUGGCUAAUGGUAUGAUGGAUGAGAGAGUGACCUUAGUGUUCGGCUGUUCACAUGUCGAUACAUCCAUACUUCUAUAUGUCUCGUGAUGAUGACAAUAAUUUAGGUAGUUAAUGUUAUCGAAGAACACUUCACUGUAUGCUAAUAAGUACAUGUACGAAAACUCUGAAAAUGCCAUGAUGGAUCCGCAUUUGUCAUCACUAUUGAAGGGGGGUAGGAUUUACACAGGGCAAUUGACUAAUUGACGAGACUAAUAAAAAAAGAGAUGAAUAGUGAAGAAAGUGAACGAAUGUUAGUUAUUAUCCUCGGGACGUGGCAUUGACACGAGGUCAAUACAAUAAUUAUACGACGCAUCUUCUUACUGCCAGGAAAACGAAGAGAUUUACGAAGAGAGACACAGCUUCCUCUCUUACGGCACGAAAUAUUACUGCAAAUUAUCCUACCUGUGUGUGAAUAAUAUAUUUACGAUGAAAGUAAUACAUUAUAACGUUUUACUAUGUAUAAUGUUUUUAACACUCAAUGUUGUUAGCAUCUAUUUAUGUGUAGUUCACAUAAAUGUAAUCUCUGAGGAAGAAAUAUGCGAAGAAAAAUAAUAUUCUCUAUAAUGAUGUUCUCACGCAAUCUGCUUUCU